AUGUCGAGGCUUUCGGAUACCAAGGGAGAUGACUGGAAGGGUCUUGCGAACGACUACGAAAGGCUUACCAAGGAAACGGCCAACCGGCCGAUCGAGGCCAUGUUGACCCGAGCGAACGCCCUUCUGCCUUUCGCCCAGGCGACGGGCAUUCUAGAUAACGGCUGCGGCCCAGGUCCGAUCAUGGCGCGACUUCUCCGAGACUACGACGUGCCGGAGACGUGUUCGCUUACGUGCUCGGAUUUUAGCGAGCCCAUGAUCGAACAAGUGAAGAAGCGAAAGGACAAGGCGACGGCAGAAGAUGGUAGCUCGCCAUGGGCACGGGUCGAGGCCAAGGUGCUGAAUGCCAUGGAGCUGGAGGGUGUAAAGGACUCAAGCAUGAGCCACAUCACGGCGGGAUGGGUCUACUUUAUGGUACCGGAACCAGCGAAAGCUCUGAGCGAAUCCCUGCGCGUGCUGAAGGAUGAUGGGGUCUUGAGCUGCUCUUCGUGGGAGGGAUCGCAAUGGAUCGACCUCAUGCAUCUCGCGGCUCGCAUUCGACCCGACAAGACGAUGCCGGAAAUGCCAAAGGACUGGAGCAACGUGGACUUACUGAGGGGCCAGCUGGAGCAGGCGGGAUUCCGGGAGGUGGAAGCGCACCGUGUCGAGACCAGCAUGGCGUUUGACACUCGCGACAAGCUGGUGGACAUGUUGCUCAACGUCAUGCCGCCAAUGGUUAGUCCAUCCAGCUCGCCGUUGCUACGGAGGCUAACGAUGUGUGACGAAUGUAGGUCAAGCAAUUACAGGAUUUCUCGGAGGAAGAGCGGACGCGGUUGA